AAUUUUAAAAUGUUGUGUUAUGUAAGAAAAUCACGGAUUAUUAUGCAAAAUCAACACCGUGAAAGGCCUUACACAAAAAGUAAACUUAUUCUAAUCUCUAUCUUGCAGUUGAAAUUGGAUCUUGUGUCGUUUGUAGUGCAAUCAGUUACAAGAAAAAAAGACGAGAGAGAUAAAUUCAUGAGUUUAACGUUACUGUUACUUCUACCAACAUUAACUGCUGGCGUAACCUUGGUAACGAGCAAUGCAACAGACACACAUCGACUUUAUCUGGAGCUUUUUGUAAAGCAAGGGUAUAAUUCUAAAAUCCAGCCAAUCUUCACAGACCAAAUUACCGAGGUGUUAAUUUCUCUUCACCUAAAGUCACUCAAUGAUUUGGAUGAAAUGUCUGGGACUCUACAGACUUCAGCUUAUAUGGCAAUCGGCUGGUUUGACGUAUUCCUAACAUGGAACGAAUCUGAAUACAACGGCUUGUCUUUCACUUAUUGGCCACAGCUGUUUGAGACGUCAUGCGAGGUUGAAAUGACUUAUUUUCCGUUUGACAUUCAUACAUGCGAGCUUCAAUUUACGCCAUGGAGUUACACUUCGGUAAGAAAGUAUUUAUUCCGAAAUUCCCUUAAGUAUCUCAAGAUAUUGUUACAUGAGCUUAAUAUCUCCUGUGAUAGGAUUAAUAUAUAUUUAACUUACAGCUUUUGAAUGCUGUUAACGACAUUUUACUCAAUCGCUCUAUUUUUCUAUAUGUUUAUCUUAAACAAUUUAAGCAUGUUCCAACAUUUUUCACGUUAUAGUAUGUUAUCAAAAAUAACUAAGAGACAUGUUUCACAUUUUGGGAAUCAGACAGUAGAUUUCAGAAAGCGUGAUCACGAGAGGUUUUCUAAGACGCAAACAAGAGAGGAGUUCAACUAAUAUUUGAACAAGAUGCAAACGUGGAUAUAAAGCGUGACCACGAGAGGUGUUUAACUCAUAUUUGAAUAAGAUGCAAACAUAGAUAUAAAGCGUGACCACGAGAGGUGUUUAACUUAUAUUUGAACAAGAUGCAAACAUAGAUAUAAAGCGUAACCACGAGAGAUGUUCAACUUAUAUUAGAAGAAGAUACAAACAUAGAUAUAAAGCGUGAAUACGAAAGGUGUUCAACUUGUAUUUGAACUAAAUGCAAACAUAGACAUAUGUUCAAGUCAUCUAUAUUUCCUUGUUACAAAUGUUUAAUUAAAAUUCGUGUCAGUAUAAUAAUUUGGUCAUACAUUUUUUGUAACAUUUUUGUUGACAUACGAAGCACAUCGAAUGUUUUAAUUACCAUAGCUACGCAUAACCGGCGCAGUCGUUUUUUUUCAGUUGUCAUAAUUUGACUUCGACCGCUAAUGUUCACACUGAUAACCUACUUAUAUUCAUGAAAAUAAGCCAAAGUGCAGCACCAUUCAAGGCGACAUCCAUUGAAAGUAUGGUGUCAUUUAGAUGUGAAACGCGGAAAUAAGCAACAGUUUAACUAAGUGAAUACUGCUGCUGGUAACUCACGUAAAUUAGUCAUCGGCUCGCAAAGAUUAUCAGACCUUUGCUUUGUAACGUAGAAAUUUUGGCAAACACUGACUAAAAUUUAUAAACUCAUAAAGCAGACGCCACAACAAUAAUCGGUACUCUGUGUCUUGAUCUCCAAGUGGUACAAACCAUUCGCAAAAGAACCAGAAUUGCUAAAAAGACAGCAAAUGUCGAAAGAGAAAACAAACGACCUUGGCCCUUUGGAUAAAGAGCAGAUGCUCUUGGUGCGCACCCUGUCUGAGAUUCUUAUCAUAUGUAUUCGUACUGUUUUCGGUAUUCGAAUCAAACAACUUCUUAUGAUUUUGAUAUUGUUCAAUAAAAUUAAUGAAGGAAAUAUACAGAUAUAAAUUAAUGCAAACUUACUGAAAGCAUCUCGAUGAAGUCAGGACGUCGACGAAAUAUGAUCACCGUGCGCCGGGUUUGUGUAAGUAACUGUUUACGAGAAGGCGUAACUCAUGACCAUAAAAUCACAUCAAAUUUGCAAUGAAGUUAGAAGAAAGAUUGCGAAUCAUGACUGUGUAAUUCUUGUUUUCCUUUAUUAAAGUAUAUACAAGCUAGAGACAAAGUGUAUGUUUUUUCUAAAGCGCUCGUAUUAGAAUAUAAUGUAUUCUUGUGUAUUUACAUGAUGCUUUGCAUGAG